AUGCCGGCAGACAUUGCCACCCCGCGCCCUCCCCUCUUCUCCUCGAGCUACCUCGACCUCACCCCGCUGGGCGCGACGCGCCGUCUCGCCCCAACCUCAACAAGCAUGCGGCGUGCAGCAUUAGAGUUUGACUCCGACUCGGACACCUCUUCCCUCUCGAGCGCGCAAAGUACGCCGUUGCCGCCGACUCCGUCUGCUCUCCCGCUGUCUCCCGACUCGCGCGAGCCUUCGCCGUCACCGACACCGCCCGCCUUCAUCAUGUCGAGAGGACGAGCAGUGCCGAUAGGCGGCGUCGCGAUGCAGCGCACCUCUGGCUCUCUCGGCAGCGAUGGCAACCCUUUCGCGCUCAAGCAGGAGGCCAAGCGGCAGCGGGAGCGCGGGCUCAGCGACCCGCCGUCACCGAGCACGGCCAACGUGCGCGCCCUCCGCCCAGCCGCCAGUGUCAUGACGAUCCGCACGGUGGAGUGGACCGCGUGA